UAAUCAAUUUCGCUUCAUUUUUUUACUCUUUGCGUAGAUUCAAUUUUGAAACGGUUUGUUGUUGCUUGAUUUCGCCUUUUACUUUUCAAACCGACCGCCGAGAUCCGCUGGAUUACUGCAGAGUGCUGCAGAAGCGCAUUAACGAGAUCCGCUUUUCCGAUUGUUUUAUCGACUAAAUUCAGUUGAGCGCGUUCCGCUGUUAGGCCAAUGGAUAAAUAUUGAUCGAGUAUACGUUGGGUCUACUUGUCUGAAUCCCUUCGCAUUGAUGAAAGCACUUGAAACUAACGCAUCCGACGCUCCAAACUGUUUCCAAAGUCCUCGUCUAUUUGCAUUUGAAAAGGGGGCAAUUUUGCGGGCAUAACCGAACGUAAAAAAUUUGGCGAUAUGGACAGACCCAUUAUUCUGGAGGGCGACGAAACGCCGUCGGAUGGUAUGCCAGAGGCUCACAAAAGUUUCGCCUGCAUGGGAUUGGACGAGCCCGAUGACGAGGUCUUUGAAGAAGACGACUUUGAUCCGUCAAAAUCGUUUCACUCUCGUUACGAUCACCGCCAACUUCAUCCGAUCGAACUGAAAGUGCGGAAGGAGGUGAACGACACCGGCUACCGGGGAUACACCGCCCCGACACCUCAUCCCGUUCCGUUGUCCUCUGAUUUCCCUUCAUCCGAGGAAAUUCUUCACAAGACGAUUCUGGUGGGCGACAGCGGCGUGGGGAAGACGUCGCUGCUCGUUCAAUUCGACACAGGGACCUUCCAUCCAUCUUCAUUCGCUGCUACUGUCGGAAUCGGUUUUACAAAUAAAGUACUCGUCGUGGACGGGGCAAAAGUCAAGUUACAGAUCUGGGACACCGCCGGCCAAGAAAGGUUUAGGAGCGUAACCCAUGCCUACUAUCGCGACGCCCACGCUCUCUUCCUCCUCUACGACGUGACGAAUCGAAAAAGUUUCGAUAACACUCGCGCGUGGCUAGCGGAGAUCAACGAAUACGCACAUCGUGACGUCAUCAUCAUGCUAUUGGGAAAUAAGUGUGACAGCGAGGAUCGAAUUGUAGACCGGGAGGAUGGCGAAAGACUCGCUCGGGAGUAUAAAGUCAACUUUAUGGAAACGUCAGCCAAAACUGGUCUCAACGUCGAACUUGCCUUUAUUGAAGUGGCCAGAGCGUUAAGGGAUAAACGGACCACGGUCAGCGCUUCGUACGGCGUCCAGGAAUACGUAGAACCCAGUCAGUGGUCACAAAACGUUUGUUCUGCAUGCGGCACGUCUUGAACGAUUAUCCUUUAGUAUUCUGGCGGUCACUUCUUUCAUUGGAAACAUCUCACAUUUCAAGCCCAUCCCAUGUGACAUACACACAAACAAUUAAAUAAAUACCAACAACCCCCCCCCCCC